AUCAAUCCAUGUCCUCAUUUUCUAUUCUCUAUAUGUGUGCGCGCCCUUUCUAGCUUCCAUAUACACCACCACAUCGUCGGAAUCUGUAAAUUAUAUUUUCCGGCGACUUAUAUAGAUUCACCGGAUCUGACAUACUGAUAUUCCAAUUUCAAGCUCACUGGUCAACGGACUGGUUUUCAAAGUUUUUAUUGUUUUUGUGUGUGUAAACAUGUCCAGGGCGUCGUCGUAUUGGUGUUACAGAUGCACACGCAUCAUCAGAGUAGCGGUUGUGGUUGCAGACUCCGUUGUUUGUCCUUACUGCGAGGGAGAAUUCAUUGAAGCGGUGGAUUCUCACGCGCCUUCACCGCCGGAAUCGCGACGGCGUUUUCCUCAAGCCGCGAUGUACAUGCUUGGAAGUAAUGAUCGGUCAGAUCUGAGGUUCCGGCGUGAAGGCCGUCGAAACACUGGAGACAGGUCGCCGUUUAAUCCGGUUAUUGUUCUUCGUGGUGCCGAAGGAGGUGGGAUUGAGAAUUCAGAGAGUGGAGAUAGAGGUUUUGAGCUGUAUUAUGAUGAUGGAUCAGGUUCUGGUUUACAACCUUUGCCGCCGACGAUGUCGGAGUUUCUGAUGGGGUCAGGGUUUGACCGGUUGCUCGAUCAAUUAUCGCAGAUCGAGAUAAAUGGAUUAGGUAGGGCAGAACAUCCACCGGCGUCGAAAGCGGCUGUUGAAUCGAUGCCCACGAUUGAGAUCUCGGAUUCACAAGUUACAACCGAAUUGCACUGUGCUGUCUGCAAAGAAGCGUUCGUUCUCGGAGCUGAAGCUCGUGAGAUGCCAUGUACCCACAUCUACCAUUCCGAUUGCAUUCUCCCAUGGCUAAAUCUCCGAAACUCCUGUCCGGUUUGCCGCCACGAACUCCCAACAGAUUCAACAAAUUCACCCAAUCUAGAAGGCUCGGACCAAACCGAUGAAGAAUCAGCAACAGUUGGAUUAACGAUAUGGAGAUUACCUGGCGGUGGAUUCGCCGUUGGAAGGUUCUCCGGCGGUAGAAGAACCGGCGGUGGCGAGAGAGAUCUUCCAGUUGUCUACACGGAAAUGGACGGCGGGUUCAAUAACAGUUCAGGUACGCCGAGGAGGAUCAUGUGGGAAUCGAGAAGGAACAGGACUAGAGGAGAAGGUGGAUUCGGCAGAGUUUUUCGCAACAUUUUCUCUUUCUUCGGGAGAUCAAGACCCUCUUCAAAUUCAAAUGGUUCAUCCAUGAACAGAAGUCGGAGUUUAUCCAGUUCAGUUUUCGGUAGAAUGAGAAGUAGGCGAAAUAGAACUUGGAUUUUGGAUGAACAGAAUGGGUUGUCAAGAUGGUAGGACUCUAUACUCUAUACAAUUCAAGAACAUCUCUUCUCUCUCUCCCACCUAAUAUUUUCGAAGUCCUAAUUCGAGGUUCAGAGAUUGAAUUCAAACUCGAAAAGGGUCUUCUCUAGGUUCUGAUGCAAAUCUCAACUUUUGUAAAUAAAAUGUUUCCAAUUUUGUGCAAGUAAAGGUAGAAAAAGAAAAGCUGAAAACUGAAAACCCCUUUCAUUUGUUCUGGAUUUGAAUCAGCCAUUUUUAGCCAAAGAGAAAUGCUCUGGUUUUUUUAGUAUAAAAGCUAAAUUAAUGGCGAUUUGCUUGAGUUCUUUCAUCUGUAGAUUUCUGUAACCUUCUUUCUAUUCUGUGUCAGAACAUAAUCAUCUUAAUUUGUCUUCUCCUUC